CUGUGACUAUUAGAUGACUCGCAGCCCCUCACUUGACUGGUUCUCCGCACCAAGAAGUCCAUAGUGCAGUACAGAAAAUGGUUAUGCUUACACCUUUCUAAAUAAAUCGCUUCGGAUAAAUUAGUUGGCAAGGCUAAUAUCAAUUGGAGUGGAAAGGGAAACAAGCAACCUUGAAAUAUGUUGAAAUAUCUUGUCAAUUAGGAAAAACAUGUUUUACAACAGACAUUUACUACGGAGCUAAAACCCAAUUGAAUGCAUUCGAUUUGUGUGGUGGGAACUUCAUCUAUAUCGUAAUGGAUACAAAUACUCUCACUGUGCUAAAACUUUUUCUUGUCGGGAUCUUUGUGAACACCUUAAUGACAAGUGGGCUGUCAGCAACAGAGAAUAUAAACACCAAGGCCACAGUGAGGCCCAGGGUGAACAUAUGCAAUGACACUGUUCUGCUGUUGGAAAUGGAGAAAUGUGGGGAGAUUUUCAAGAGCGAUAUGAAGCUAGUGGACCCCCAGAACUGGUGUAAUUUAACACAUUUUAUCAGGGAAUACAACUUCUUCUCAACCUGCACAGAGGAUAGUGCAGUCCACAUAGGCUGCUACUGGCCCAACCCGCUAGUGGAAAGCUACAUCAUCCAAAUCCACAAACACUUCUUCUCAAAUUGCACCCUAGACCGAAUCAUCUGGGUGGACCCUCCAGACGACACUCUAACCAUCCUCAUCCUCGUCCCGGUCGUCCUCACCUUGGCCAUGAUCGCUCUGGUCGUGUGGUGCAGCAAGCGCAGUGACAUCAUGGCUUAGCAUUGCGGACCCACUGUGUGGCCUCAUAUCCCUCCGCUCACCCCUCCUCCAGGAAGUGAUGUCACAGCGCAGCGCAACUCAUCGCUUCAUCCGUUCUUGUGCAUAUCAACACAGGGCGGGACUAAAAGGGACCAAAAAUGAAAUCGCCGUCCAAAACCUUUUGAAGAAAGUCCAGGGCAUUCUAAUGGCCCGGUUCGAGACAAAACGAGCCUUCAUGAACAUGUCCUUCGAUGAAACAUGUAAAGCAGAGACCCAUUUGCUUAUGUGAACUGUGACUGGACUCUGAACUGCCAGACAAGAGCCUGUAUCAUUUCAUUAACUAUUUUUGGUUAUUGAAUAGACUGGAUAUACCCUCAGUGAGGUUAUUUUGAACUGAGAACUCCGAGUGAGGGCUGUGAGCCCUGAAAUGUACAGUGCCCUCUACUGUAAAGAAUACCAGUUUGUUCUUCACCAGCUGGACGUUCCUUCCAGGAAAGAGAGAGCAGCUCAUUCAUGCGUUAAGGUCUGCAAAACUGUAGUAUAGUGCAGUGUUCCCACUGUGGCCAGAUGACUGCAUUGUCUUUGUGUAGCUGCUUGCAACAUGCAUCUGUGGAAGCUAUUACUUUAUUGUUGUUUCGAGGCUUCGUUGAGACCCCACUAUGAGUGAAUAUUGUCAGUGAUUGCACUGUGUACAUUGUGAAAAUUCAACAUGGUUUCUGUUGAAGCUAACUGUAAUUUAAUUCUGUGUGUAAUAGUUCAGGUGAGACACAAGCAGUAAGGUGAGAGGACCAGUCUCUGACUUUGGACCAGUUUAGACAGAGUAUUGUACCAUCAAAUUUUGACUCUGUAGUAAUAAUCAUUGUCUCAUGUACUGUACUGCUAUUUAAUGUUUUAAUUAAAUGAGUCUUUAGAAUUAGUCACUUCAUUGAAUAUUACGCAAAAUUAGCACAAAGUUAGUUAGUCGGUGGUCUAAAUCCAGGCCCUCCGCACUCUGUCUUCUCAACACACUACAUUAUUGUUUCUGGAAAAAAAAAUGGUGGCAAAGGUGUGUGCAGAUAAUUACAGACAUUCUUCUUAAAAACUGCUGUGAUUGUUACUGUAAUUCUGAAUCUGACUUAAAUUUUGAAUGCAUAUAUUGAUUAUUGGUGAGGUACAUAAGCUAAAAAGCAAACUGAAAGCGUAAUAUGAAAGAGAGAUUCGCCCAUUACAUUUAUAUAUAAAUGAUUUGAUGGCCUCCAAUCAUACUGCUAAUAGAAUUGACACAACGGAUGGGGGGGGGGGGGGGUGAUCUGGGACUGGAAUGAGACAGCUUAUUGAAAAAUGGAGGGAGAUAGAAGGAAGGAGGGGGGGAGUUCUGCGUUUCCUGCUGUUCUUAGAGGCAUGGGUAUGUUUAAACAGAUUGUGAGACAAACUUAAAAAAAAAAACUAAAUUCUGUUGAUUUCCACAAGGGAGACACGGAUGCAUUUAGACAGAUGGUGACUUGUUGAAAAACAGCAUUUUCUAACAAAUUUUUAUUUCUACAGUGAAGAAAAGCUAAACAAGGAUUUCACAGUGACAAAGAUUGGUUGUUGCUUCACAUAUGAAAGGAAGAAUGUAUUCACCACCUAGGUGUGAUAAUAUGGUAUGGGAUGCUCUGUACUUUUUAAAGAAUGCCAAAAAUUGAUAUAUAAUUGAGGUAAUUCUCAGCCAAGACAACAAUCUCAUCUCAAAAACAAAUCUCUGUAUCAAACGAAGAAUGAUAUUUUUCCAUUUAAUUGUGAAUUUGAAAAACUAAACACAUUAAAGAUGUCUCAAAAUCACGUUGAAUGUCCAGAACCUGAAUGCUGUACAGUGAAAAAAUAUUGCAAUGAAAUACUAUGACAAAGGGGGCAUUAUUGAUGUGAAAAGAAACAGCUCCAUAUUGUAAAUGGGCUCAAGAAACAAACAAAAGACAAUGGUACAUUCUGAAGAAAUGUCUUGCCGCGUGCCCUUACGAAUGACUCCCCCAAGCCACCAGUGUUAAGCGCCAAACUGCAGGAAGGAUAUAAGCGUCUUUCCCAGAGCAGGCAAAGAAUUAAAGGAAAUGGGCUGGCUAUGAUUUUACCAAGAGAGCUACAGGAACUGUGGAGAGUGCCAUACUUCCCCGCUCUGUAUUGUUAUGACUAAGCCACCAACGGCAAUGCUGCUGCAGCUGCAUUGCUUUUAGCCCUUCCCUGUCAGCCAGGCUUUGUUUUGUAUAUAUAAACCCGAAUAAAAAAAGGAUGUUUCUGCCUCCAGGAACAUA